UAUUGUUUGAGUUAGCCGACGGGUGACGAGCACAUUUUACAUAUAUUUCUUAUUCAAAGUUCUCAUCGUUGUUAAUGUCACAACAUUGUUUACCUCAUUUGUGCAAGAUUUUAAUUUCUUUAGUACUCUGUAAAAACAUAAUAAGUAUCGCAUAUUAACUAAAAUUGUCUUCAAACGUCUCAAUAAACAAUAUGCCAAUUUAUAAAGGUAAUUUAAGUAAAUUAAUACUAAAAACCUAUUACUUAAAUCUAUUGAAUAAAUGUUUUUUAUACAGUAAAAGUGAAAUGGGGAAAGGAAGUGUAUCCGGACGUAGAAAUAAACACAGACGAGCCACCACUUGUAUUUAAAGCACAACUGUUUGCUUUGACUGGUGUUAAUCCGGUGCGUCAAAAAGUUAUGAUGAAAGGUGGUACGCUCAAAGAUGAUGUAUGGGGCAAUAUUCAAAUUCUCGAAGGUCAAACUAUAUUGAUGAUGGGUAGCAAAGAUGAAGACGUCCCUAAAGAACCUACUGUCAAGCCAAUGUUUGUUGAGGAUAUGACUGAUUUACAAUUAGCGACUGUUGUAAGUUAUAUUUAUUUUAACAUUUUUAAACUUACUAAAUUAAUCUAUUAUUUGUUUACCAAAUCUACAGGAUAUUAGAAAAAAACAAUUACAUAUUCAAAAAUAUGUUAUUUUAUAAAUAAAUACAGUUACUCUAGAAAGUUUUGUAACAUUUUCAUAUUUAAAUGUUUGCACUUAUCUUAGAAGAUAUUAUUUUUAUGAAAAAACCUACAUGCUAAAAUUCAAUUUUUCAGGAAGCACAAAAUAUGUUUUAAAAACAAAUAUUGUUAAUAAUUGACAGAAAUAAAUUUUGAAAUUGUAAAACCAUAAAACUAUUUAUUCUGAAAAAAAUUGAAGAUAAAAACUUAAUAGUUAUGGAUAAUAUAUUAUAUAAAUUGUCAAUAUUUUAUCAUAUAGGAGGUUUUGUUACUUAAAAUUGUCUACCAAAAUCAUAUUGUAGGUUUUUCAAUGUUAUAUCGAAGUUAUUUCACAAAUGAUUCAGUGAACACGUGAGAAGUUUUGUUUUUUAUUUUUUAUUAAUUCUUUCAUGAAGGAUCAUAUGAUAGCUUAUUUUUUCUGAAUCCAGAGAUAAUAAAACCUUUUGCAUUUUGCACUUGGAAGGUUUUUUCACAUCAUUGACAAUAUUUUGUAUUGUUUUCUAAAUUACUAAAUAUUUCUACUUUCUUAAACUUAAUCCAUUGAUUGCUUUUUAUUUCAAAGCACUUUCUCUAAUAUAGAAUAUAGAAUGGACAUUACUCACUCAUUUUUGUAUUCUAAUACUAUUAUUAAGUUAUAAGAACAACACAUCCUCACCUGAGAUCUUCGUUUUACAACUCUUAUAGAAAAAUAUGUUUCCGUGGAUCUAAGAAGAAUACAUUCUAGAUUACUUUUAUUUGCAUUCCUGUUACAACACUAUAUUAUUUUUAGCUAGGGUAUUUUACAUGUGUAACCACUUCUACUUUAAUGUUAAAAUAUUUAAAAAAAAAAAAGUUUAUUAAAUACUUUCUCUAAUACUUUAUUCAUUCAAAAGUAAUUUUUUGGAGUUAACAGAAUAUUAUUCUUGAUUUAGUAAAAAUGUAAUUGAUGUUUAGACUAAUAUGCCUGCGGGUCUCACCAAUUUGGGAAAUACAUGUUACUUGAAUGCUACUGUUCAAUGUCUUAAAACUGUUCCCGAAUUACGACAAGCUUUAUCUGAUUUCAGUGCAGCAAGUGAGUAAAUAAUAUAUUACUUUAGAAACGUUAUUAUUACUUUACCCAUCUUAUAUAUUUCAGCAUCUUCAACUUUGUCAGACUUUGCACCAGCUGAGAAAAUCACAAUUGCGUUAAGGGAUUUGUAUCAGACUAUGCAAUCAAAUCAAACCAUCCCACCAAUUGUACUUUUGCAAGUAUUGCAUCAUGCAUUUCCUAGAUUUGCAGAUAAAGUAGAAGGACAUUAUAUACAGCAGGUAAAUUUAAUAAAUAUACAUGUUUUUUGAAUAAUUUUUUAUGAAGAUUUUUCUACUUGUAAUAGGAUAAUUACAUACAAUUUUGUUUAGUAUGAAUAUCUGUAAUCUUUAUAUUAAAAACGUACUUAAUCCCUUGGCUCAUCAAUUAAAUUGUAUAAGCAUUAAUAUAUAUAUAUCUCUAUAAUCUACUAACACUCAGUGGUACCAGAUAUGCACAUAAGGUAGUGCAUUAGAAUUACCUAAAAUCUUGAUUAAAUGGGUGGUAAUACACCCUGAAUAAUUAAUACUUUACUAUUAUAGGUACUUACUUUAUAUUACACUAUUAUCAUAUUAUAUUUUUGAGGCUGUGGUUCUCUUAAAAAUUGAGCCAGAUGUUAACCACAUUUUAAUUGAAGAACAGCACCACACUAACAAUUUCUCUCAUCCGUAACAUUUUUAUUUUCAAAUCUUCCGAAAAAACAUUCUAGUAGAUGUCAUAUUUUCCAAUUUUUAAGAAAGUGUUUGUUAGUAUUGACCAUGGAUUCUUAAUUGAUGUAUUGUGUAAGUCUGGAUUUGGUGAACCAUUAUCAUAGACUAUAUUUUUUUAAAUGUCGAUCAGCGUGACCAAUUUGUUCAACUAAAAAAAAAAAUAAUGUGUAAUAAAACAUUUUUAUUCUACAUAACUAUUUUGAAUCUUUGUGCGUGUAUUUUUUUAGUGUUUUGUGAUUAAGGAGUAACAAAAUAAGUGCGUUCUAAUAACAUUAAAAAUGUACUACAGUUUUACAAUACUUAAUUAUAAAUAUGAUGCUAAAUUAAUUUGUGUUAAACAACUUACAAAUUAUUUAUUUAUUUAAGCACUUUUUUUAUUUGUUAUUCAAAUUAUUUUCUUACAUAUAUGUAAUAUUAUAUUUCUAGGAUGCUAAUGAAUGUUGGGUAGAACUUAUCCGUAUGUUACAACAAAAGUUACCAGCCCUAACAACUAAGAAUGAUGGUAUGCCACAACCUGUGAAAUACAAGUGAAUAUUUCUAUACUGUUUACCAAUAUGAAUUUUUUAAUAUUAUUAUUACUUUAUAUGUUUAGAUCUGCAAUUGAUCAAUUUUUUGGUGGUUCAUUUAAUGUUGAAUGGAAGUGUGUUGAAAACGUUACUGAAGAAAUAACCAAUACCACUGAGUCAUUCCUUCAACUGAGUUGUUUUAUUUCCCAAGAUGUCAAGUACAUGCAUUCUGGUUUAAAAAAUGUAAGUAUUAUUCAAAUUUUUUUUUGUGUGUAAGAGUUAAUUUAGUAAAUUUAUUUAAAAAAAACAAUCCACUACUUUUGCCAACAGAGAAUGCAAGAACACAUUACCAAGCACUCUCCUGCUCUUGGAAAAGAUGCUGUUUAUACAAAAACCGUAAGUUUGUUUGAAUAUAAUUUUAAUAUUUCAGUUAUUUUAUUAAGAUUUUUUUUUUUCAAUUUAGUCAAAAAUCAAUAGACUUCCAGCAUAUCUAACUAUUCAGUUUGUAAGAUUUUUCUAUAAAGAAAAAGAUAAAAUUAAUGCUAAAAUUUUAAAAGAUAUUAAAUUUCCAAUCGAAUUUGAUGCAUUUGAACUGUGUACACAAGAAUUACAAGAGAAAUUGGUACCAAUGAGAAACAAAUUCAAGGUAAAAUCUAUUUUUAACAAUAAUAAUUUUGUCAAAAUUAGAUACUAGUAGUUAUUGUGUUAUUUUUAUAUCACUUAAAGUGCCUACCAUGUUUAUAAUGCAGGUAAUUCAUAGAAAUCUGAUAAAUACAAUAACUUUAAUUCUGUUUAAUAUUUUAAUAAUUUUUUUUUUUUAACAAUUACGUACGUGAGACUUUCACUAUAAUUUUUUUUUUUUUUUUAUUGUUUGGUCUUUUUUCAAUAUUUUUGAACAUAGGUCAUAUUAGUGGCAUUUCUUUACUAGGAUAACUGGUAUUAUUCAAUUUGUAAUAAUUCUUUUAAAUAAUAAUAAAGGAAUUAGAAGAUAAAUUGGCCCAUGAAGUAGUAAAGCCAAGUGUGAAAAAUAUGGGAGAUUCUAAAGAAGAAAAUAAACCAACUGCCCCAUAUUGGUUUAAAGAUGGUAAAUAUUAUAAUUUAUUAUACAUAUUCUAUUUGAUAACCUUCUCGUUUAAUUUUCCACAGAUUAUGGUUCGAAUAACUCUGGUUACUACACUCUUCAGGCUGUUUUAACCCAUAAAGGUAGAUCAAGCUCUAGUGGUCAUUAUGUUGGUUGGGUUAGACAUUCCCCAACGUCUGAUAAAUGGGUAAAAUGUGAUGAUGAUACAACUACACCGGUAGUGUCUGAAGAUAUACUUAAAUUGUCUGGCGGCGGUAAUAAUUUAAUAUAUAAUAUGUUUAAAAUCAAUAUUUAAAUAAAUGCAAACUUAUAUUUUGUACAGGUGACUGGCAUUGUGCGUAUGUACUUCUAUAUGGUCCAAAACUUCUACCACAAGAAACGCCAUCAGGGUCCAGUUGAAUUAAAUUUUUUAGGUCUUAUAAAGAUUUUCUUUGUUAAAACAAAAAAUGAAAAAUAUAAAACGCAUUAUUUUUUAUUAAAAGUAUAAAAAGAAGUACAUAUUUUUGAAUAACGAAUAACACUCAAAAUAUUGUCAAAAUAAUUUAUU